AUGUGGCGCAAGCGUCGCGGCUCGCUAAAUGGUGGCAACAACAACAACAGCAGCAAUAGCAGCAGCUUUGGCUACAGCAACACCAGUCACAACCCUAACGUUGCGCGCGAGUCCCCAAACUUGAUGACAUCUGCGUCGCUCGCGACUACGCCGUCGUUUUCGUCCAUGUCGGUGGCCAGCAGCAGUCCCUUCUUGGGCAGCGAUCCGAAUGCGAACGACCGUGCGCUUGUGUUUUGCCUGGAAGUGCCGACGCCAGGACCUCUCGGUCUCGACCUGCGCGCGCGACACAUUGAACGAGACAAACCUCAGCGCGGAGCUGUAGUCAAGGGGUUCCGGCCAACGCAGGGAGGAAAGCCCGGCUAUGUCGAGUCGACAGGACGCGUCAAGACGGGCGAUAUCCUGCAGAUGCUCCAUAAGACAGCAAUUGAUGACAUGCCGUUUGAGCAAAUUGUCAAGUACGCGAUACAGCUGCAAAAAGAUCCGACGGCGUGGCCGUUAUUGAUGGAAUUCCGGCGCGAGUCGGAGAGACUCGAGAGCAGCAGUUACGUGGCUCCGUCGUCGUCGUCGUCAAAGCCACGACGCAACAGCUUCUUUCGCUCGUCCAUUUCCAUGUCAAAUCCUGUCCAGGAUGGAAACUUUAACGAGAAACUGCAGUACUUUCGAGGCUUCUUUGCUACGAGGAUUCCUACUGGUGGUACGGCACCGAGGGAGAAAGAAAAGCCGCCUAAGCCGCAGAGAUGGGAAACCGUAGACGAGAUGUACCGCGAGUUGAUGUCGAAGCGCGGAGUGCCCGAAGACGUCAUGGACGAGCUCGUUCGUAUCGAGUCACUGGAAACGAAGUGGCAUGUUGUCUGGUACGCCCAGCAAAAUGAGAAUGAAGACAAUACAAAGUCGAACGCAACAGAGGCAAAGAGAUUUGCUGAGAACCUGGUGGAAUUGAGGUGGGACAACAAGGGUCUGAAGGACCUCGAGGCGCUUCGCGGCAAGAUAUCGAUUGCAUCGACCGACUGGCUAGAGUCUUUCCUGGCUCAUUUCGGUUUGGACUACCUGACGAUGAAGCUUCCUGAUCCGUCCCCGUUUCCCAUUGAGCACUCCAAGUACGAGAAAGCAACGCGCGUGUGCGAGGUGAUUUUGCGGAUAUUGCGCUCACUGACUCAUUUUACGGCUGGAGUAGAAGCAAUAACCAACACACCUGGACUAGUUAAGCGGGUGGCUCUUUGCUUCCAUACAGAGAAUGGGGACGUGAAGAAGUACACACUACAGCUACUCGGAAUCGUGUGCUACAACAGUGCGGCGGGGCACACCGCUGUUAUUGAAGCGUUCGACCAUUACAAGGAAACGAAAGGCGAGAACAUCCGCUUCAGUUGUUUGCGAGAUGCGCUCAAGUCAACGAGAUACUCGCUGGUGUUCAAGGAAGACGUGUUGAGCUUUGUGAAUAUCAUUGUGAACAAAGCUAUUCGACUGGAAGAUCGGCUAGCGAUUCGUUCCGACUUUAUGGCGCUGAAGAUGGCUGGUUACUUUGAAGAAAUUCGGGCCAAAUCGCUUGCUGUGCAGCGUACAAAGUAUCCUCUUGCUACUUCUGCUACUGUCGCGUCGGUGGAGGAAGGUUUUUACGGCAUUCCGUCUCCAGUGCCCGGUUUUCCAGCCACUCCUUCGCCGUUGGUCAGCAGACACGUUGCAAGGAACACUACGUCACCAGUUCUAAGCAGCCGGUCCUCCGAAUCACCAGUCGCUGGGCGAGGAGUGUGUCCAGGAACCCCUGUGUCCAAACUAGACUCCUUGAAGUCCCUCGGUGGACGGCGGUUGUCUGCACGUAAAUGCAAGGACGAUGCGCGUCUUUUGGCAAGUAGAAGCGCGCCGCCAUCCCCCGUUGACCGAGAGCCAGCGUCCCUUUCUCCCGAUGGUACAAUAGUGCGCUCUUCGCUUCCUCUGGACAACAAAGGCACGCACCGGUUCGGAAAUGGAGGCAAUAGCAUCAUCAGUAGCUCCGUGACGCAGCUCCGGAAUCAGCUUGAUAACAUGGAGAAACAAAUUGAUGUGUUUGAGCAGUUUAUGGAAGAUGACCGGAAGGACACGAUUUAUGAGCAGACCGACCUGUCCUCGGUGGACAGUGUAUAUCGGUCUUUAUUCGACAGCAUGACGAACGAACCUGAGCUACAGGCAUGUUUUCUGUCGAUUCUACAGCAAUUGCUUUUUGUUCCGGGCGACCGCGUGAUCGGGAAAGAGAUGUGGGCAAUGUCAGAGAAAGUGAUAAAACAGAUUACGUUAUUAGCUCCCGUCGAGGAAGUACGCAAUUUUGAUUUGGGAUAUGACGACCGCAAGACGUUGUUGAAGAUGCGUGACCGCUAUGCGCAAUUCCUCCAGAAGUGUGCUGACAGUGAUCCGUCGUUCCACUUUCGUAUGGGUCCGAUCAUUUUGAUUGAGAAUAUGGAUCGGGACCAUGACGAUCUUUCGCUUUCGGAUGUGACAGCAGAUGAAACCGAUGAAGAAGAUGCGCCCUCGACUGUGGCUGCUCACGAGCACCCGGAGCUAGUGAAAUACUUCAAGCUGCUGAAGAUGGGGAUGCCAAUGCAUCAAAUCCAGCUGAAGAUGAGCAGUGAGUUGCAGACAUUCGAUCCAUCGGUUUUGGAAACGCCUGACAAGAUGGUUCCGCUUGCUAGAUCGGACGGAGAAGCUGAGAGAAAGGGAACACGAGCUGAGGAACACGAGAAGUAUGCCAAGUUCUUCAAGUUGAAGAAGAUGGGCAUGCCGUUGCCACAUAUUCACCUGAAGAUGUCCGCAGAGGGACUUGAUUGUUCGAUGUUGGAGACCCCGGACCUGCUUCUCGCUGAUGAUGGCACGGAAGUAAGGAAGAGUAUGAACACGACAGGUUCAGCUGGCAUUCAAGUCAAGGAUCACGAAAAGUUUGCCAAGUUCUUCAAGCUGCUGAAGAUGGGAAUGCCUCUUGAGCAAGUCCAGCUGAAGGCAUCGUCCGAAGGCUUGGAUGCAUCUUUGUUGAGCACGCCCGAUCAGCUUGUGGACAAAGAAGGCAACUUGUUUGUGCUUGGACAAGUGGAGCAGCCGUCACGAGGGAUUCCUGUGAAAGAGCACGAGAAAUACGUCAAGUUUUUCAAGUUAAUGAAGAUGGGUAUGCCGCUGGAACAGGUGAAGCUGAAGGCGUCCGCAGAGGGAUUGGAUGGCGAGUUGCUUUCUACCCCAGAUGCUUUACUGACGAAAGAUGGAAGCAAGCUUGUCGAGGCAGUAGUUGUGAAAGGCGUUCCUGUGAAAGAGCACGAAAAGUUUGCUAAGUUUUUCAAGCUGCUGAAGAUGGGGAUGCCGCUCGAACACGUCAAAGUGAAAGCAUCUGCUGAAGGUUUGGAUGGCGAAUUGCUUUGUACUCCUGAUGUACUAGUAGACGGGGGCGGAAAGAAAAUGGAGAUGGCCACGGAGCAGCGUAAGAGCGUACCCGUGAAAGAAAGUGAGAAGUUUGCAAAAUUUUAUAAGCUGCUGAAGAUGGGAAUGCCUAUGGAGCACGUGAAGUUAAAAGUAUUGUCGGAGGGUCUGGACGCCAAUCUCCUGGACACACCCGACAAGCUGGUUGACGAGGAUGGAAAGGAAGUGCAGAGUGUGACGCCCGUCGUGCAGAGUGUACCUGUAAAAGAGCACGAGAAGUUUGUUAAAUUUUUCAAGCUGAAGAACAUGGGUAUGCCGCUGUCCCAGAUUAAGCUGAAGGCAAUAUCGGAAGGACUGGACGGCGAUCUUCUCGACACGCCGGACAAGUUGGUAGGUAAAGAUGGAAAGGAAACGAAAGUAGGUGAUGAGAAGAUGGUGAAGGUAUCGGAUCACUCGUGCUACGUCAAGUAUUUUAAGUUAUUGAAGAUGGGCAUGCCGCGUCCACAGGUGGAGCUGAAAAUGAGCGCGGAGUCGCUAGACCCAAAAUUAUUAGACACACCGGAUGCAAUGAUCUCGGAGAACUCGUUCACUGCAUCCGCAGCGGCAGAGGCGAAACCCGUCAUGGUGGGCGCUCCGAAACCUAAGCUUCGGAACUUGUACUGGGAGGCAGUGAAAAGCGAGGAGACUGCCGGCACGAUUUGGGAAAAGUUUGCAAGGGAAGACGAAGAGAAAAAGAAGUAUGAACUCGGAGCGCCAGCGGGUCCUCCGAGCGUUGUGGGUCUGUUUGCAGCGCGAGCAAGGUCACAGAAGCCUGAGUCUACUGCAGCGAAGAAGGACAUUGUCAACCAAUACGUUGAUCAGCUAUCUGACAUCUUCGUGAAUAAGCCUCCGAAAGCAAAAGAGUCGGAGGUCAAGAAGCCACUGAAACGGCGAGCACCGACCCGCGUUGCCCUGAUUGACGCCAAGCGCGCGAACAACAUUGGCAUCAUGCUAGCACGAUUCCGGUUGCCGUACUAUAAGCUCCGGAAUGCUGUGCUGCUAGUCGACAAGGGUCUCCUCUCCGUCGAACGUGUGUCUGCACUUCUCCAGUUUGCUCCAGAAGACGAAGAGGUAGAUGCUAUACGGAAUUAUGCUGGUGACCCGAAGCUUCUCGGUGAUGCGGAGCAGUACUUUCGUGAGAUGCUUUGCAUUCCGCGGUUGUCCACCCGGUUGCAAGCGAUCCAUGCGACGUGGCAGUUUGACGCAUACGUGGAAGAGCAGCGCAAGCUCAUGGAGUCUGUUUCGAACGCAUGCCGUGAGUUGCAAGCGUGCGAGCCGUUGAAGGAGAUCUUUCGCGUCGUGCUAUCGCUUGGAAACGCUCUGAAUGAUGGCACGGCGCGCGGCGGGGCGAAGGGUUUCCGUUUGAACAUAUUGCUCAAGCUGAACCAGGUGAAGGCGGCGGAUAAUUCGAUCAAUUUGCUCAAUUACCUCGCCAAGCUGCUGCGAGCGAAAGACCCAGCGAUCCUUGAGUUUGACAAGAGCCUGCCGUCCAUUGAGAGCGCAAGCCGCGUCACCAUGCAGGUGCUAAAAGCCGGUGAAAGCGCAGUGCGCAAGGCCGCGACUCUCAUUUGCAACGAGCUUGAGGUGCAUGCGAAACUGCCAGAGAAGGAGUACCCGCAGCCCGAGAAAACGCCAGGCUCUGAUGAAGAACCUGAAAAGAUUUCGGACCGUUUUCAGGAGGUGGUCAAGCCUAUUGCUGAUCGCGCACGGAGGACAUCCGAGCGCACUGCGAAGGAACUCGAAAGCAUGACGAAGCGUUUCGGGGAGACGGUGUCGUACUACGGAGAGGACCCCUCGAGCCUGGACUCUGGUCCGGACGCGUUUUUCUCGAUAUUCUAUUCGUUUGCCAAGGUGCUGCAGUCAGCCGACCGUGACAAUGAGCGUAAGCGCAUUGCCGAGGAGCGGAAGAUUCGUCGGGAGGAGGAGACCAAGAAGCGCCUCGAGCAGCUCAAGCUCAAGAAGAAGAAGAGCAGCUUUGCAACGCUAAAGACUGGAGACGUGGACGACAUUGUGUCCAAGAUCCGUGCGAAACGUGUCGAGGAGAAGCGGCGCGAGUUGUUGGCGAAUGGAUCGGCUCCUUCGUCGGCCACCGGGUCUACGCGUGCCCCUCUGAGCCAACCGCGGAGCGGCGGUUUACUGGCUGCGCUGGAUGAGCUCACGCCGGCCAUGGAGGCUGUCUAA